UUUUUUUUUUUUAACUUCACUUUCAGCCUGUUGGAGAAAAUGGAGUCCGUUACCAUCACUGCUACUACUACUAUUGCGACUUAUUCGUCCUCUUCAUCCAGUUUUCGUCCCUUCUGAGCCAGACGAAUAGCUCCAAAGCCCGACGAGGACUUUUAAAAGAAGGUUUAAUCGCUGCUUUUACAUCACAUGGAGCAGAUUGGCAGCGUCAUGGUUUGGCUCAGUGGCACCCUUGUGAGCGGCUGCAUUUCCUGGAAUAAGCUGGAACCCGAGCCCUGAAAGCCACACCAUGGAGCACCUGUAGAACCCCCGCCGGUACCCCCAGGGCCUCAGACAAACAAACAAGCGACAACAAUCUCUGAUCUGCUACAGGAGAGUCUUCAUUAUCUAUUUAGGUCAACCACCAACUGUGACAACUGUAUUGCUUGACCUACGGGCACCGCGGCCAUGAGGCCCAAGACGUUCCCGGCAGCACCCUACGUGGGCAACACACGCCAAAGGCUCCAGGAGAUCAAGGAGGGCCUGAAGCAGCCAGCCAAGCUGGUGAGCCAGGCACUGCAUGGGGGUGGCCAGCGGGCCGAGGGCGCCGGCCGCCCCACCGACUGCAAGGGCGGCAAGGACGCGGGCGGGCGACAGCAGCCCGUGCGGCCGCCGCAGAAGUUCAACAACUACCAGAGUGCCCUGCGUGAGAUCCGCAAGUCGCUCAUGCCCUUUGCCAACGAGUCAGGAGCCUCGUCGGGGUCCAGUCAACCAGCCGUCGAGGUCAACCGGCAGAUGCUGCAGGAGCUCGUCAACGCCGGAUGUGACCAGGAAAUGGCUGUCCGAGCGCUGAAGCAAACGGGGAGCAGGAACAUUGAGGCGGCCCUGGAAUACAUCAGUAAGAUGGGUUACCUGGACCCUCGCAACGAGCUCAUUGUCCGUAUUAUCAAACAGACUUCGCCAGGAAAAGCUGGCAUGCCCCCCUCGAUGGACCACCGUCCCUCGCUUGAGGCUGCAGGUGAAGCUGCUGGUGCUAUGCCCCCUUACCACCCCAUGUAUGAGGGUGUGGCCGGAUACUGUCCAGAAGGCGAGAUGCCCAGACCCUACAUGAGUGCUCCCCCUAUCAUGAACUACAUGAUGCCACCCUCUGGAGCGGCACAGGGCCCCCGCAUGGGGAACUCAAUGAAUCAACCGCCCAGCAUGGGUACCUACGCACCAGUGAUGGCCCCUCAGAGUAACCCGGCCAACCCCUUGUACCCCCCCGGGGCCCAGCAGAAAGGCUAUCCUGGUGGUAUGGAGCAACACGGGCCCAUGAUGAGCUACAAUGUCCCCGGUCAACCGUUACCACCAGGGGCCCCAGUGCCGGGCCCCCAUUAUGACUAUAGCCACCCCCGGCCUCACUUAAUGGAGCCUGCAGGCUAUGGAAUCAAGAGAACUGCAUCCUUUCAGAACAAGAUGGCACCAUCCCCCAUGGCUGCCCCAGACAACUAUGUAAACAUCCAAGGUAAAGGGGCCAUGGGCCAGAAUGGGCCAGGAGGAGGUGCAGGGGGAUACCCCAUUAAUCUGUACCUGGCUCCUCACUCGCACCCACGUCAGGCAAGCCCCACCUCCCACCAGGUCCACAUGAUGUCCCGUUCCCCAGGCGGAGUGCCACCCAUGGGCCCGGACUUCCCCGAUCUUCCCCAGGGUUUGAUGACGCCAUCCAGGGCAAGCCUCAACCUGGACUUGUAUGAGCACCACUGGGCGGGGCCCCCAGGUCCUGAAGGGGCCCCCCAAGCCAGACAGCCCCAACCCCAGGGGCCAUUCAGGUGUGAGGUCAGGGUGCCCAGCAGGGCCAACUCCUUCAACAGCCGCUCCACAGUGUCCAACGGGGUUCGGCCUCCCAUGAGCGCUCCCCAGGAUCCUUCCCUGGGUGCUCCCAACACGAUCACAGCAGUCACAUCUCCACCUAUCCAACAGCCAGUCAAGAGCAUUCGAGUAAUGAGACCGGAACCCAAGACAGCGGUGGGACCGUGCCAUCCUAGCUGGAUGACCGCCCAAGGCCAAGAAACGGCAGAACCACUGGCCUACAUGCCAGAGGAUACCUACUCCCUGGAACCCCCCCAGGAGCCCCGCUGUCCGCCACCACCUUACCCCAAGAAUCUCAUUAUGUCACCUGGUGAGAACGGAGCCCUGGAGGGGGCCGGAGCUGUGGGUGGGACUCAGGAUCUCAGUAGUCCCGUUUCUCGAAGUACACACAGCGGCAGCGGAGCGACUGAUGAUGGAUCCCAGCAGAUUAAGGAGAAGACAAAGCCCGGCAAGGUUGAAAAAAUGGUCAAAGACAAGAAGCAGAUCCAGACGUCGCCCGUCCCAGUUAGAAAAAACGGCCGAGAUGAGGAGAAGCGAGAAUCCCGGAUCAAGACCUACUCACCCUUCGCCUUCAAGUUCUACAUGGAGCAGCACAUCGAGAAUGUCAUGAAGACCUACCAGCAGAAGCUCAACCGCCGCCUUCAGCUGGAACAGGAAAUGUCCAAGGCUGGCCUGUCCGAGGCAGAGCAGGGCCAGAUGAGAAAGAUGCUCAACCAGAAGGAGUCCAACUACAACCGGCUGCGGCGAGCCAAGAUGGAGAAGUCCAUGUUUGUCAAAAUCAAGACCCUGGGCAUCGGCGCCUUUGGGGAGGUGUGCUUGACGCGCAAGGUGGACACGUACGCCCUGUACGCCAUGAAGACCCUGCGCAAGAAGGACGUCCUCAACAGGAACCAGGUGGCCCACGUGAAGGCUGAGCGUGACAUAUUAGCGGAGGCGGACAACGAGUGGGUCGUGCGACUCUACUACUCCUUCCAGGACCGCGACAGCCUGUACUUUGUCAUGGACUACAUCCCCGGCGGCGACAUGAUGAGCCUUCUGAUCCGCAUGGGCGUCUUCCCUGAGCCACUGGCGUGCUUCUACGUGGCUGAGCUGACACUGGCCAUCGAGAGCGUCCACAAGAUGGGCUUCAUCCACCGGGAUAUCAAGCCCGACAACAUCCUCAUCGACCUGGACGGACAUAUCAAGCUGACAGACUUCGGCCUGUGCACAGGCUUCCGAUGGACCCACAACUCCAAGUACUACCAGAAAGGAAGCCACGUGAGACAGGACAGCAUGGAGCCCAGCGAUUUCUGGGAUGAUGUUUCUAACUGCCGCUGUGGUGACCGGCUGAUGACGCUGGAACAGAAGGCCAAUCGGCAACACCAGCGCUGCCUGGCCCACUCGCUGGUGGGGACCCCCAACUACAUCGCCCCUGAGGUGCUGCUGCGCAAAGGUUACACGCAAUUGUGUGACUGGUGGAGCGUCGGGGUGAUCUUGUUUGAGAUGCUGGUGGGGCAGCCACCCUUCCUGGCACCCACUCCCACAGAGACUCAAAUUAAGGUAAUCAACUGGGAGAGUACGCUACAGGUGCCCGCCCAAGUCAAACUAAGCCCGGAAGCCGUGGAUAUCAUUGGACGCCUCUGCUGCUCGGCCCAGGACCGCCUGGGUGCCAACGGCGCUGGCGAGAUCAAGGCGCACCCCUUUUUCACUAAGGUGGACUUCUCCAGCAACCUCCGCCAGCAGCCCGCCCCCUACCGACCCAAGAUCGCCCACCCCAUGGACACAUCCAACUUUGACCCGGUGGAUGAGGAGGGCAGCCCCGGGGCCUGGAGCGACAGCGGGGACAGCACCCGGGCCCUGGACGCGCUAUGCUCGCCCCACGGCAAGCACCCAGAGCACGCCUUCUACGAGUUCACCUUCCGCAGGUUCUUCGACGACAACGGCUGCCCCUUCCGUUACCCCAAGCCCCUGGAGGGUGGUGAGGGGCCGCCCAGCCCUGAGGAAGAGGAUGAGGACGAAGAAGACGACGACGACGACGACGACGAGGAAGCAGGGGAAGGAUGUGAGCCGGUGUACGUUUAGACCACCUGUCACUGAUGGACUCCCCUUGGACUGACGCCCUCCUCGCACGGGACCAACAAGCACCAGCUGCCACUUGACGAGUCUGGUAAGAAUGACAACUAGUCAGGAGUCCCAAGCGAUAGCACCUGUCUUCCUUCCAUUCCUUUCUUUCGUCUUACACGACUGAAACACGGCAAAGUGACUUUGAUGAAGCGCUUUUUUUUUUUUUUUUUUUUUAUUAAACUGAAAUGUGAAGAGGGAGUUGGGUAAGUUCAUCGGGAAGGGUGGGCAUGGGAGUAGGACUGAACCAAAGCGACUCACAAAGGGGUGACAAAUUUCUAGGGAAGUUUAGGAGGGGAAUGUUGGACAUAUUCAAAGCUGGACACUCUCCAUGGGAAGUUUAGAUAUGUUUAGAAUACACUAUAUAUAUUCCCCACAGACUAUCUGAAAGACAAGGGAUUGCAUACCCACUUAUUUUGCGGUAUAUAGGGCAGGGCAGCUUGUCGGAAUCCCUAAUUUUAUGAAGGAAAAGAAACACCUAAUUUUAUGAGAAUAAGUGGUAUAUUUUCGAGGUCUUUUUUUGUAAAUGUAAAAUAACAAAAAACCCCAACAAAUUUUCUUUAAAAAAAAAAAAUGAAAAUUCAACUUAAUUCUUGUAAUUUUGUUUUUUUAUCUGUUGAAAUUCCAGGAAUUUACCAAUUUUUAAAUGAUUUUAGAGGGGGAAAAAAAUCUCUUUAUUGCUGUAGUAUUCCAACUUUUUUUUCUGCGUUGAAAUUCUUCACAUUUGUGAAUUUUUACCAAUUUUGGCGUCUCUUUACGUCGUUUACCAAGGGGCGCAGCUUGUGAGAAUCCAUAAUUUUAUAAGAAAUUAUUUUUCAAGGAACAAAUUCCUAAAUUAAUGUUAUGUAAUUUUAGAAAACUUACCAAAAAGGUCAUGACAAAAAAAUGGCAAUAUACAACAGUUUUCAAAAAAAAAGUGUUUGUUUUUUUUGAUAAAAAUCUGACCUCACUAUAUUCUUGUAAUUUUCUCACUUUUUGCCUACACUGAAAUUAAGUUUCCAUCUUUGGCAAUUUUUGAAUAUUUUAUAGAAAAAAAAUCUGUAAUUAUACAAGAAAAAAAUUUUCAGACUUUUGUGUCUCAUUUUUGUUUAUAUAUAUAUAUAUAUAUAUAUAUAUAUAUAUAUAUAUAUAUAUAUAUACACAUUUUUAAAAAAAAGUAAAAUAAGGAAACUAAGCGGAGAAAGAGGAAAAAACGCAGCAAAACGCAUGCAUUUGACUUAAGUGCAAUACAAUAAUGUCCUUUUUCUAAACACUAUCCAUUUGAAAGUAUUGAAGUGCUAUGUACAAACGUAUUGCUUUAUAUACAAUGUACAGUAUACACUAACAGUAUAUACAGUAUACUGUGUGUGUGUGCGUGCGUGCAUGUGCGUUACUUACGACAAGCUGCUUAUUAGUAUUAUUUACCCGUAAUCAUUAUUACCUGUUUUGUCGCGAUGGUGAUGAUGAAUGUGGAACGUCGAUGGCCGAGCUUUACCUGGCCUACGUCAGGGCUGGUCCCUGAAUGCAGCAUGGCUGAGCUCUCAGAGAAGCCAUGCGGUGGAUUUAUGGCAAGUUUGAAAAGAAAGAAACGCUUUGUUUUUGGGGGGGCGAGGGGGGGGUAAUUUUGGGCUUUGUUAGUUGAUCUGAAACAUAUGUUUUGAGUGGAUAUCCCAAAAUUGUCAAGGAGUAUAAAGGCCACACUACCUAGGAAAAAACCCCAUCCUGAAAUCAUGAAAAUCCUUAUUGUCAGUGUCAAAAUGUGACGCGAAUAAAGUUGUGAUUAUGAAAAUGAAGUAGGUGUCAUUUUACAAAAAGAUAAGUUUUACUGUGAUGUUAAAUCAUAAUAUUACAAGAAUAAUGUCAUAGCAUUACUAAAGUUUUUUUCAAAAAAUAAGUCACAAUGUUAAGACGACGUAGUAUUAUGGGGGGAAUCAGUGCUCUGAGUGGUUAUCUUUCAAGAAAAAAAUGUAUGUAAAUGUACAAAAAUAUGGAGUCAUUUUACGUAAAAAAUAUUUCAUCAAGAAUGAAGUAAUCAUGAUGAAAAGGGCAAGAAAAACUUUUAAAACUUAAUUAAAAUGCCUAGUUUAACAAGAAUAAGGUUGUAAUUUUUCAAGGAAAUUUGUAAUGUUUUGUAAUUAGUCGUAGAUUUCACUUAACUUUAUUUUCGCAACUUUACAACUUUUUGCUGAAAACAUCAGAACUUGUCUUCGAAUAAUACAGCUAUUUUUGCAGCAUUGACUUAAUUCUUGUAAUGACUUUUUUUGUAAUGUUAGUAUUAUUUUGAUUUUUUUUCUUCUGAACUUUACGUCUAUCGUAACGUUACAGCUUUUUUAUUCUGUGAACGCUAUAACUUAAUUCUGUAAUUUUUUUCUGAACUUUCAUUACUUGUAACCUGGCAACGUCAUAACAUUACGACUUCUCAUAACACUAUGACAUCAUUCUCAACAUUAGUACUCUAUCCUCUUGACGUUAUUCUCAUAGCAUUACAACUUUGUUCUUGUGAAUUGACUGUUUUUCUUCUAAAAAUACGACUAAUUUCUCAUAUUACAACUUUAGUCUCUUAACAUUACAACAUUUUUGUAAUACCACAACUUAAUUCUUGGAAUUUAAUGACUUAACUGUCAACACAUAUCUUUAUUCUUGUAAUAUUACCAUGUAACUUUUAAUUUUUUUUCCUCACAACUUUCCAACUAAUUUCUCGUAAUUUUAUUUUUUUCUUAAUGUGUGGCCCAAAUACUCCUUCUUUGAUGGAUAGUUGUUUCAUAUACAUCACAAAGCCAUUGUAAAGUGAAGCGGUUUUAUCAUUAUUUUAACGUUUUGAGAACAGUGGUUGACAAUCUGCAGAAGCAACUGACCUUUUUUGUCAGUAUUCCCGACUAAUUCCUUACGUAUGACUAGCAGGAUGAGGUGGUGUGUCCAUUAUUAUUAUUAUUUUUGUAACUUUAUCGUGCUUGGACAAUGACUGUAAAUUGUUAACCAAAAUAGCAAAACUGCCCAAGUUGUUUUUAACUUACUGCUACCAAAUCAAUAAAAAUACCAAUGUACUUGCUUAAAAAUUGUGUUUUUCCUCUUGUAUCCGAAAGUGUUAAAUUUUCACUUGGGCAACUACACUAUUUGGUUGAUGAAAUGUGCGUUUUGUGUGUGUGUGUGUGUUUUAAAGCCAGCUGAACUAUCCCGACACCACCAUUGUGUUCCUUUUUUUUUUGUGGCCUUUCUUUUUUGUAUUUACUGCACUUGUUGUUAUACUUGUCUGACUGUUACAGGGGCAGAAAGGAGAGUUAAAAAAAAUUUGCAGUCCCAAAAAAAAAAAAAAAAAAAACCUCAGGGGUUAAAUGUUUAAGACGUACUGGCCCUUUAAAAAUACAACAAAAAGCUUUAUAAGUAAUGGAGUGUGAGUGUUUUUUUUUUAGUUACAAAGUGAUGACUGACAAUCAUUGACUGAUUUUUUUUUCUUUUAAUUGUAUGUAUUUGUACCCCCCAAGGAGCGUGUGUAAUGUAUAUUAAUCGUGAAUUUAUAUUUAUACAGAUAUACAUAUUUUUUUGUAUCUUUCCCGUCUCCCCACGUCACCUUGUUUUCUUCCCACUGUGCUCUCCGAAAUUGUAUGCAUUAUUAUUAUUAUUACUAGCAAAGUUACUUUUUCUUUUCUACAUUCGUGUAUAAACGGAGACUUUGUUGAUGCGGCGGUCUUUUUUGUGUCAAAUGUUAUGUAUAAAUUAAAUUAACCCACUCAGA